AUGAGUGCAAUAAGCGGCUUCGCCGCGGGAUCGCUGGCUCCUGCCGACGUCUCGCUGCUCGCUGUGACGCCUGAUGAGAUGUACGACAGCAGCUCAGUCGCAACCUGGACAGACGAAGAAGACGAAGAAAACAACGAGGUAGAGAACACAGACAAGACCGACUAUGACUCGGAUCCGUACAUCAAACCUCAGUUGACCCAAAACACGGCACCUACAAUCCCUAUGGAAUGGGAGAAACACGACACCAGCAACAAUGGCGAUAAGCAAGUUUCAGUGUAUGCUGCUCAUAAUCCCACAACUACCACACAGGAAACACCGAUCACAAAUGUAGCCGGUUUAGGUGCUGAGGUACGGCAAGGGGCCGUGGGCCCAACAAACCCGAUAACAGAUUCGGAUAUUUCUGCCAGAGCCACGGGCUACUCGUCCCCGUCGAGUAUCCAAGGACGGAAACCAUACGACUCGGAAUCCCUGGGCAAGAAUGCUGGGUGGCAGCUAGGGACCAGUAACGAAACACCCAUUGUUACCACCACUACUAGCGAUGCGCUCAACACUCAUGCUACGGAACCGAGAGAGGCGAUACCAGCAAUACCCUGUGACGGUUAUGAUGGACUGAACGGAUCGAAGGCAGGAAGCGGACCCCCACCUCAAAUGUCUCUCCAGGGCUUCAACAGUGGGCGGCCUGGCCUCCCAGCGCCAAAGGCCAAAUCGGUCACAAAGGACAGGGACGUUGUACUUGCUGAUGGCACUCGCGAGCGCCAGUAUAGAGUCUACUGGAGAAUAGGCGGUGUCAUGGGCCAAAGUCGAGAGCCGAGCUGGGAGCCAGCGAGGAAUGUGCCGCCCAUUCUGCUGCAGCGGUAUCACGAGAGAAAGGCCGCAGGGACCCUCAGAGGCAAGAAAUUCACAAUACUGGAUUACAAGAUGGUGGCCCUGGAAGACGGACGACAAGUGCGGUACUUCAAAGCCCUGCGUCACCGGAGACAAGGUAGCGCGAAUGAGCAGAGGUCCAAUUGGUAUAUGGAGCAGGAGUUACCUCCGGCUGUCGUUCAGCCAUAUUUGGAGUCACAGCCUGUGUCUAGUGAUGUGACGCCAAUCGGAGCGAUGCCGAAGCAUCACGAUCAAGCCCACCAAACCCCUCAGGAGAGCGUCCCUCCACCACGCGCAGAAGCCUUGGUCCUUCCGAAACGCAGGCGCGGCCGGCCCACCAGGGCUGAGAAAGCCAGGUAUGAGGAAGUAGAGGCCAUUCUUCGACGAGACGGUAUCAUAGUCAAGCGUGCGGGCAAGCCUACGAAGGCCGACCGGGUUAGAAACAAAGAACUACAGGCUGGUGUACCACAGAAGCAGUAUAACGUCGCUGCAUCGAAUUACCAGCCCGCGGCGAUUCCACAGAAGCAGUUCAGGUACAUUGCAGCGAAUUACAACCCGUCGGCGAACCAGGAGCAACGGUACGGCAGCCUACUGCAAACCCCUUACAGUGGCACUCCGAUCUUCCCUGGACAGGGUCAAGCGGUUGCUGCCAAGGGCCCAGCGCCAAGACCUUAUACUCCGAGGUUCACGGAAAAGUCCAUAUGGCACCCAGGUAGUCACGGUCCAAAAGUACCGGAGCAGGGCCACCACCAAGGGGCGUACCAUCGGGGGCCAUACGCAACUGGCAUUCCGUCGCCUCAACCACAUACGUUGCCUCAACCACAGACGUCGCCUCAGCCACAGAACUCGACAGAUUUAGGGAUGUUAUACUACCGCUCAGCUCUCGCAGCCGCGGAGGGACUGGAUUGGCAACAGCAGGGCCACCACCAAGGGGCGUACCAUCGGGAGACAUACGCAGCUGACAUUUCGUCGUCUCAACCACAGACGUCGCCUCAGCCAGAGAACUCGACAGAUUUGGGGAUGUUACACUACCGCUCAGCUCUCGCAGCCGUGGAGGGACUGGAUCGGCAAUAG